AUGAUUAAUAAAUCAAUGUGUUCUAGUGGUGUCGUUAAAGAAAACAAACUUGUUUACAAAGUCAAGGCCACUCAUUUCGCGGACGAAACAGCUGACACGGACAAAAAUCGCUACGGUAUCGGCGCUGGUAUCGGUGUCAGGCCAGGGUCGUUUCGAGUCGAUGGAUUCAGAAAAUCCUUUAUGGCAGACGUAGAGGCACCAUCUGUUCGACCUCCAGAGGCAAUUACUAUUGCCAUACAUAGAGUAAGAGGUCUAAAAGGACAGAAAGGUGAUGUCGUAAAUACAACCAUUAGAGUGGAGUUUGGGGAAAAAACUAUUGGAGAAUCUCCGAAGGUUGACUGCACACUCGAUAGUUCAGCAGAAUUCAACUACAAUGCUACACUAAACUGUACCUAUGAUGAUCCCAUCGCAUUGGAUGAAAUAGCCAACAGGCCUGUAGUUUUAACAUUUAUUGAAGUGCUUCCAAAGGAAAAGAGACAAAAAGAAGAAAAGACAAUUUUACUGGGACAGUGUACUGUGGAUCUUCUUCCUCUUUUAAAAGGAGAGACAACACAAAAGUACACUUUGGUUAUUAAUUCUUUACCUGGAUCACCCCUUGAGCAAAUACCUCCAGAUUUCAGCAGACCUGAAGUGGAUGUUACAAUAUCUGUCAAUGAUGCUCUGCUUGAUGAAUCUCAACUCAACGAUGGAAAUCUGUUUGCAAUUACCAUGGAAUCACUGUAUUCACCACCGGACAGCUGGACACAAACAGGACAACAGUAUCACUUUGUAGCCACUUUACCCAUACCUGUCAGUGGAGAGAAAGAAUUCACAUUAGUAUAUCCUUCUGGCCAGCUUAAACCACCAAUUGACAAAGAAUUACCAAACAAACAGAAAAAGUGGGCCAUUCCAGGAAGUGCGCAAGGACCUUCUCAGUAUAUAAAUGACAGCUUUAUUUCAACCUCCCCUAUCGAAGAUGAAGAUGGCGAUUUUAAAGAAAAGGAAGAUCGUGAACAUAGAAGUUAUGCAGAAUCGGAGAAGAAUCGAGUUUGCUGGAACACAGAGAGAAGAUGCUACCUGGAGGCCUCAGCUAUCAAAAAUUUUCAAGACUCAGUAGCCAAGUGUCGGUUGUGGCCAGUCGAAAUAUUCAGAAUUCCACAAGCAUCUGCUGGUAAAGGAAAAAAGGGUCGUCAUUAUAAGGAAGACCAUGAUGCUUCGAUCUCGUUCCAUGGAGUUGCGUUUGUUGAUCUGGCUCCUCUCUUGUACCCUGGAGUAAGCAAAAUCCAUGGAGCUUAUAAAGUUUACGCCUAUACAGAUCACCUGCUGAAUGAGAAGACUGGCGGCAAGAGGAAGACUGGAUUGGCAGAAGAAGCCAGCAAGGUGGCCUUUAAUCUGCUCAACAGAAACAGCACUUCACCAUCGCCAAAGAAAGGUGCCAAAGAUGAAAAGAAAGAUCUCAAAAAAGGGAGACCAGGUAGUAAUGCCCAAGUCCGUGGUGAUGAGAGUGGGGCAUUGUUAGCGAAUAGACAGAGCCCUCGUAGCAGCUUUGGGAAGUUGAAAGAGGUGACCCAGGCUCAGAAGUCGGACACAGCUUCUGAAUAUGACCAACAAGUGCCGGUGAACACAGAGGGCCAGCAGUAUGUGGACUGUAAGUCCUACAUCAAGUUGGAGUUCGCUCUCACACGGCCACUGGUUCCUAAACGACCUCCAGAAGAACUUGCAAGAAGGGUCGCUGAGUAUAUUCCUCCAAGACCAAUGUUUCCUAAAAGAACAGAUGGAGCAACCCGGGCAGUUGAGGAUUACCAUAAUCAAGUGGCCACUGUGGCCAAUCUCAUUCUUGAUGAAUUCAGGGAAUUGUUUAGUGAUGAAAUUAAAGAAGGUGAGAAUGAAACAGCUGGGCUAUUGGAAUCCAGGAGACAUAAGCUAAUUUAUCAGCUGAAUUCAUCUGGCAAGUACUUUGCCUUCAAAGAACAGUUAAAACACUCUGUAGUCAAAAUUGUGAGAGAGAAAUACCUGAAAACAACUACAUUUGAAGAUCGACAAGAAUUUCAGACAUUCCUCAGUGAGUUGUAUGUGUACCUCAUUGACCAGAUGCAUGUUUCUCUAGGGUCUGUACUGGCCCUGGAAGACCAGCCACCCAUUCCAAAACCCCUGACAGACUCUGCUCAGCUCAAGCACUUUGCCAGAGAGGCUGAAGUCAACGAAAACUUUGCCCUUGCAGAAAGGUAUUAUCAAGAGAGAAUUGCAAGAGACAAACUUGAUGCUGAUAGCUGGUUUGACUAUGGAACGUACUGUCUGUAUGUUAAUGAUGUCACAAAGGCUGAGGAGUGUUUCAAGGAGUGCAUCUCUCUGGACCAGAAACACAUUUAUGGGCUGCUGUUGUACGGUGUUGUGUGCACAAUGACAGAAAAGAAUGAACUUGCCGAGACUUUCUUUGAAGCAGCAACGUGUGUGAACCCAAAGAGUAUACUGGCUUGGACUAUGUUAGGGUUGUAUUAUGAUGCGGUGAGCAAUGAGAUUGGUGCCGAGAUGGCGUACAUGGAAGCAAACAAGCUGAACAAUCAAGCGGCUGUGAGCGCUGCCAAGGAUGUGAGAGAGGAUGAGGUUGACAAGGAGAAGGAGGAAAAGAAAGACUCUGUGGCAGAACCUCCUGAACCUCUUCCAGAUGCUGAUACAGCUCAAGAUCCAGAAUUGAUACCUUCAUCUGAGGGAGGGCUGUCGGUGCCAGGACCUCCACCAGAACUCAUCAUACCGACACCAACCAGUGCUGCCAACUCAGCCAAGUCCUCUCAGCGAAACAAUCACGAAAAGAGACCAUCAGUGUUAAAAAAACCAGGUGCACCAUCACAAAUGAAAGGCAAGGAACAAGGGAGCUCAAUCCACCAGUCCCGGCCAACCAGCACACAGAAGAGUCAACACGACACUCCCCAGCCCACUGACGAAAAUCUCGAAGACAUGCCACUACGAGAGCCCACCCCAGUUCCUACCUGGAGUGUCUACAUGCAAGCUGUUGACUGGCUUCUAGAAGUCAAGGCAGUUCCAUUCACAGAAAGAGCUCUCGCCCAUGAACUGCUGCUACCAACAGGGGGACCGACCGCUGCUUACUACAUUGCCCUGGCACACCUCAUGUUACAGAAGAGAGAAUUUGCUGAUGCAGAGGAAAAUCUCAAAGAAGCUCUCCAGCUAGAACACCAGAACCCCGAUGGCUGGGCACUAAAAGGACAUGUGAAAUAUUUGACUGGAGACUUGAACACUGCCCGAGAAUGUUACGAAAGAACACUCUCAUUCAUUACAGAUGCCAGUGAAAUGCACUCCAUAUAUCUGCGGCUGGCAUCAAUUUAUCUUCAAGAAGCUCGGUUUUCUGAAGCUAAGAGCACCUUCCUGAUGGCCUGCAAGAGAUCUCCAUCCUGCGUCUCUUGGCUCGGAGUUGGAAUAGCAUGUUACAGACUGGGUGAGCUGUCCGAAGCAGAAGAUGCUCUGUCGGAAGCGAACAUUUUGAACAAUAAUGACGCUGAAGUUUGGGGAUAUCUGUCUCUCGUCUGUCUCAAUACAGGCAGACAGCUGGAGGCAGAGCAGGCUUAUAAAUAUGCUCUCAAGCUCAAUCUUGAUAGUGAGGAACUUAUAGAGGAAAUUAAAAGAAAACAAGAAGAAGUUGGUUUUGGGAACCCACAAUUUUAAAUAGAAGUGUUAACAGGAAGAACAUUGACAAGAUGGAAUUUCCACAGACUUAGUGACAGGCUUUGAAGUUAUUUGUGGAAUGUUUUGACCUGAAUUUAUUACUGAAAAAUAUAUGAAUAUGGAAAAAGAAAUUCACUGCAGCAGAAUUCUUCUGAAAGAAUUUUUAUCAGUGUGUUUUUUUCCUACGAACAUUAUCACCUGUUUUAAUAUGAACAAAAAAUCAGUAAAGUAUUGUUUGUGUUUACUGUGAAAAUACAUUGUAUUUGGUCAGCAUGUGGUUUUAAAAACAACAAACAUUGUCUGGCCAGUAACCAUUAGAAAUGUUAGUAAUUUGUCUUUCAUCUAAAAUACUUAUGUAUGAAAUUAUUCAUAAUGUGAAGAUUUAUUUUUCUAAUAUAGUUGAUAUCUUACAAAGUAGAUGUGAUUUAAGAAACAAGUUAUGUUAUACAUCUUUUUUUUUAAAGUGUAAAAUAUUUUAUCAAUAAUUAAUUAAUAUAUGUUAGUGUAUCAUGUAUGUACGAUUCUGACAAAUGAUAUCUGAAACAAGAUAGAAGUUUGUGUAAUUGUGAUAACAGUUUCUUAUAAUUGUUGUGAAUGUUUUUGGUUUUUAUAUAUAUAAAAACAAUUAUUUAUGAAAACACAUUUUUUGUUUUGUUGUUACUAAAAGAGUUUAGAAAUUUAAUAACAAUAUUGAAUGUUAGUGUGAGUUAUCAGCUCAAGUAAAAAAAAGAUCAAAGAUAUAUUGAUGGUGUAUAAAGUUAAAAAAAACCCAUAAGUACAUGUACUUGCCAACUCUACCAAUUCAAGCGGUAGGCUACCAAUUUGAGAUAACUUCUAUUAAUUGCCAAAUAUAAUAAUUGUUAUAUUAGUCGUGUUCCAUUGCCAAAUAUAAUAAUUGUUAUGUCAGUUGUGUCACUUAACAUACAUGUGUACACACACACACACACACAUUACAGACUACAGAUGCUACAUUCAUACAUGCAUACACACACAUAUGCAUUAUGUAUUGCCUCAAAUGAAAACUGAACAAUAUAUCAAACCUGACAAUGAGAAAUGGUUACCGGUAUGUCUAAAAUCAAGGUUUUCACUCAAAGAAGUUUUAAUGGUUAUAUUUUGUAGAAAAAUCUAAGAAGCAAUUUUAUUUAUUUGUUUAUUUAUUCAGACUAUAUUACUUUUCAUCACCUAAAGAAUUACAUUUAAGAAAACAAAACAUACAAAAUACUAGACUAUUUUCAUUUUUAUAGAGUGACUAUAAGCAGCUAUUGCUAUCAGUCAAUUGUAUAUCACAUUGUAUUUUAAAUAUGUAAUAAAAUACAGCAUGAAAUAACACCAAUAUAUAUCCGACUGUAUUUUAAAUAGAGUAAUAAAAUACAGUAUGAAAUAACACCAAGAUGUAUCAGACUGUAUUUUAAAUAGAGUAAUAAAAUACAGUAUGAAAUAACACCAAGAUGUAUCGGGCUGUAUUUUAAAUAGUGUAAUUAAAUACAACAUGAAAUAACACCAAGAUGUAUCAGGCUGCAUUUUAAAUAGAAUAUAAUAAAAUACAGCAUGAAUUAACACCAAGAUGUUUCACAACGUAUUUUAAAUAGUGCGUAAUAAAAGAAAGCAAGAAAUAACAUCAAGAUAUUUCACAACGUAUUUUAAAUAGAAUGUAAUAAAAUACAGCAUGAAAUAACACCAAGAUGUAUCACGAUGUAUUUUAAAUAGGAUGUAAUAAAACAAAGCAAAAAAUAACACCAAGAUGUUUCACGAUGUGUUUUAAAUAGAGUGUAAUAAAAUACAGCAUGAAACAACACAAAGAUGUAUCAUGAUGUGUUUUAAAUAGAGUAAUAAAAUACAGCAUGAAACAACACAAAGAUGUAUCAUCAUGAUGUGUUUUAAAUAGAGUAAUAAAAUACAGCAUGAAACAACACAAAAAUGUAUCAUAAUGAGGUGUUUUAAAUAGAGUAAUAAAAUACAGCAUGAAACAACACAAAGAUAUAUCAUCAUGAUGUGUUUUAAAUAGAGUAAUAAAAUACAGCAUGAAACAACACAAAGAUGUAUCAUGAUGUGUUUUAAAUAGAGUGUAAUAAAUACAGCAUGAAACAACACAAAGAUGUAUCAUCAUGAUGUGUUUUAAAUAGAGUGUAAUAAAAUACAGCAUAAAUAACACCAAGAUGUAUCCGGCUGUAUUUUAAAUAGAGUAAUAAUAUACAGCUGUAUUAUAAAUCUUGUAAUAAAAUACAACAUGAAAUAACACCAAGGUGCAUAAAAUCUCAAGCCACUGAAAAA